GAGAAAAUAUCAAAUUAUUAUUAAUUUCAUUUAUUAUUCAUUGUUAUCUCUCUCUCUCUCUCUCCCAAUUGACACAAUUGACACCCGCACGCAGAUAGAGGGAGAGAAAAGAGAAACAAGGGCAGAGGGAGGAGCGUCUUCAUUUUCCUCCUUUAUUUUCUUUCCACACUCCGCAAAUCAUAACCACAACUUGGUUGCUGCCUGAUUGAUUGGUUGUUUGCACAAUUCAUUCUUUUCAUUUGCACAACAAACCUUCUGUUUUCAGAUAGACCAUGUCUUACCAGCAGGCCUAUCAAUUCGAUUAUAUGGGGGAUGAGGGAGAUAUGUCUGAUUUUGUCGAGGAUGUGGAGGAAGAAAAUCAGGGUGGAGAUGCGGGUCUUGAUGAAUAUGACAUGUUCGAGCAGCUUACCAAGAUGUCUGAUACGUCAUCUGCACAAGCAAGAAAGGGAAAGGACAUUCAAGGUAUUCCAUGGGACAGGUUAAACAUAACGAGGGAAAAGUACAGAUUGACAAGGCUAGAACAGUACAGGAAUUAUGAGAACAUCCCUGCAUCUGGGGAAGCUGUGGACAAGGAGUGCAAACAAAUGCAGAAGGGUGGCAACUUUUAUGAAUUCUUCCAUAAUACAAGACUGGUUAAACCUACAAUUCUUCAUUUCCAGCUCAGAAAUCUGGUUUGGGCUACUUCGAAACAUGAUGUCUAUCUCAUGUCCAGUUAUUCAGUCAUGCAUUGGUCUUCUCUAUCUGGCAGUUUGUCUGAGGUUCUCAACUUUGCAGGGCAUGUAGCACCAACAGAGAAACAUGCAGGUAGUUUAUUGGAGGGUUUUAUGCAGACUCAGAUAAGCACACUGGCGGUCAAGGACAAUUUUCUUGUUGCUGGUGGCUUCCAAGGAGAGCUUACUUGUAAGAGUCUUGAUAAGCAAGGAGUAAGUUUCUGUACCCGGACCACAUACGAUGACAAUGCCAUCACAAAUGCUGUUGAAAUAUAUGAUAGGCUGGGGGGUGGAAUGCAUUUCAUGGCAUCCAAUAAUGACUGUGGCAUAAGAGAAUAUGACAUGGAGAAAUUUCAGCUUUUGAAUCACUUUCGAUUCCCUUGGCCAGUGAAUCAUACAUCAAUAAGCCCAGAUCGUAGGGUUGUUGCCGUUGUUGGUGAUCACGUAGAUGCAUUGCUAAUGGAUUCACAGAAUGGGAAGACUAUUGCCAAGGUUGUUGGUCAUCUUGAUUACUCUUUUGCUUCUGCAUGGCAUCCUGAUGGUCGCAUAUUUGCCACUGGAAAUCAGGACAAGACUUCUCGAGUUUGGGAUAUAAGAAAUCUGUCCUCACCUAUCGCAGUUCUGAAGAAUAACUUGGGUGCUGCUCGAUCAAUUCGCUUUUCAUCAGAUGGCCAGUUCAUGGUCGUUGCAGAACCUGCAGAUUUUGUGCAUAUUUAUAGUACAAAGGCAGAUUACAAAGUGCGGCAGGAGAUUGAUUUCUUUGGGGAAAUCUCGGGGGUAUCAGUGAGUCCAGACGAUGAGUCUCUGUAUAUAGGAAUCUGGGAUCGAACAUAUGCAAGCUUGCUACAGUAUAACAGAAGGCAUACAUAUGGAUAUCUUGAUUCCUAUUUUUAAUUGAUUUGGCAAAAGGGCUGUCUAUCAGUGUUGGCACUUGGCAAUGUUAUUUGUUAAAAAGCUCAAAAAGAGAAAAGGGUACUCUGAACUUUCAGCCUACCUUUUCUUGAGUUGUCUCUGUUCUGUUUCAUUUUUUCGGUUGUAGGUUAGUUUGAUAAACCAAGUUUACAGUAGAAUAAGCCAAUGAUUGAUUAGAACAACUUAGAAUGUGUACAGUGAUGUGAAAGCUUUGUUUGUAAACCAAAAUCUUGAUAAAUCUAUUUUCAAUUCCCUUCCUUUUCAACCUCAA